AAACACAGUUCGCUUCAGACAAAAUAUCUAGGAGAUCUUUUCUAGGAAACAACUUGCCGUAAAUUGAAUUGCCUCCCUGCUGCAAGACUUGUAUGCCACUUGCGACAUUCCUGGUCUGUUUUCGGUCGCCCGGUGGGAUUUUUUUUUUGGGAAAGUUUCUGAGUGUUUACGUGUCGCGGACGGUUUCACCAAAAAACAUCCCAGUCCGAGACACACCAGCCUCUGUGAAGCGAGAGCGCAGGACGACACCGACCGAGUGACACUGCCGGGGAUGGAGACAGUGAUACGCGAUAGUUCUGCAGGGGCUUCUCUCAUUGUGUCCUCCAAGAAAAAGGAUGUCCACAGCAGGGAGACGGGGACGGGGACGGGCGGAGGAGGUGCUGGUGAGAGCCGCAUGAAGCGCCUGUUUGGAUUCGAGCUCUCUGACGUGUCGAGCUGGCAGAAGUUUGUUUGCCUGUUAAACAGACCCACCGACCCUGCGUCCUUGGGAGUGUUUAGGUUCCUCUUUGGCAUGCUGAUGGUGGUUGACAUUCCGCAGGAGCGAGGGUUGAGUUACCUGGAUUAUAAGUACCUGGAUGGGAUGGUUGUGUGUCGAUUUCCCCUCUUCAACUUCCUGCAGCCCCUGCCACUGGACUGGAUGUACCUGGUCUAUGUCAUCAUGCUGCUGGGUGCACUGGGGAUCAUGCUCGGCUGCUUCUAUCGGCUUGCGUGCCUGAUGUUCAUCUCAACCUACUGGUACGUCUUCUUCCUGGACAAGACUACCUGGAACAACCACUCCUACCUGUACGGGCUCAUUGGAUUCCAGCUCACCUUCAUGGACGCCAACCGCUACUGGUCGAUUGAUGGACUGCGCAAUGCUAAGAAGAGGAAUGCCCAUGUGCCACUGUGGAACUACACAGUGCUGAGGACACAGAUUUUCAUAGUCUACUUCAUUGCCGGGAUCAAGAAGCUUGAUUUUGAUUGGAUUGAGGGCUAUUCCAUGCAUUAUCUUGCUAACCAUUGGCUGUUUGAUCCCUUCAAGCUGGUGUUCUCCGAGGAGAUGACCAGUGUGCUAGUGGUGCAUGGUGGAGGGCUUGUCCUGGACCUCACAGCCGGGUACCUGCUCUUCUUUGACGCCACGCGCCCCGUCGCCAUGGUCUUCGUCAGCUACUUCCACUGCAUGAACUCCCAGCUCUUCAGCAUCGGUAUGUUUGCCUACACCAUGCUGGCCACAAGCCUCCUCUUCUGUUAUCCAGACUGGCCACGUCGCUUCUUCAGCAAGUUCCCAGCAUGCCUCAGCGGAGCCCUGCCCACGGUGAUGCCCGCCCCACAGCACAGCCCCUCGUGUGUGUACCCUGAAUCUGAGUCCAGCGAGGCUGCCACCCUGACCAAGCCCACCAAACUGAGCCGGCGGCACCGACUGGGCGCCCUCUUCACAGUGCUGUACAUCACAGAGCAGUUCUUCAUGCCCUACUCCCACUUCAUCACUCAGGGCUACAAUAACUUGACCAAUGGGCUGUACGGCUACUCCUGGGACAUGAUGGUCCACUCCCGCUCACACCAGCAUGUCAAGAUCACCUACCGGGACGGUGUGACUGGAGACAUCGGGUACCUGAACCCAGGGGUGUUCACCCAUAGCCGGCGCUGGAAGGACCACGGUGACAUGCUAAAGCAGUAUGCCAGUUGCCUGAGCCACCAGCUGAAGAACUACAACAUCUCUGAGCCUGAGAUCUACUUCGAUAUCUGGGUCUCCAUCAAUGAGCGCUUCCAACAGAGGAUCUUUGACCCACGGUUAGAUAUUGUGAAAGCUGACUGGUCACCCUUCCGCCCCAAUCCGUGGCUCAUGCCCUUGCUGGUUGAUCUUUCACCUUGGAGGACAAAAUUCCAGGAGAUCGACAACACUCUGGACAAUCAGACAGAGGUGGUCUUCAUCGCUGAUUUCCCAGGGCUCCACCUGGAGAACUUUGUGAGCGAGGACCUGGGGAACACGAGCCUGCAGGUGCUGCAGGGAGAGCUGAACGUGGAGAUCGUGGAGGAGGGGAAGAACUACACCAUCAAGGAGGGAGAGAAGAUGCAGCUGCCUGCGGGGGAAUACCACAAGGCGUAUACAGUGUCUCCAGGGCCCUCCUGCUUCAUGUACAUCUACGUCAACACCACAGAGAUGGCUCUGGAGCAGAACCUCACCCGGCUGUACGAGCUGCAGGAGCGAGUGCGCAACGGCACAGAGACGGAACCUCUUCCUCCGGAGUUGCAGCCCAUUCUGAACGGCACGGGGACCGAUGUUAACGUGACUGACCCUGUGCUGAAGGCGUUUCUGAGGAGGCAGAGGAAAAUUGAGGAGAUUCAGAAAAGACGGAAUGCCACCAUCGUCGAUCGAUUCACUCGUUUCACUAUUAAGAAGUAUUACCUCCUCAGGAGAAGUUUUCUGAUGACGGCGAUCGGGCUGCGGAACCUCGUGGUGGGCCGGCCCCCCUUGGAGCAGCUUGCCCAGGAGGUGGCGUACGCCAACAUGAAGGCCCCAGAGGAGCCUGGGAGCAGCGAGGCGGUGAGGAAAGACGACAGUGACCACACCGAGCUGUGACCUGCCUGCCCUCCUUGUUACUGACGCCCAGUGUUUCAAUCACCACAUAACGGACAGUGUUUCAAUCACUACAAACUUACUGCGCUAGAUUCUCAGAGCUGUGUACUGUCUUUUUUUUUUUUUUUUUUUUUUUUUUUA